AUGGCCUCCGUUCGCGCCGUGAAAAAGGCGGUCACCAUUGCGCCCACCGUCCGCACCCUUUCUUCAGGAGUCCCAGUGGCUCCUCUGCUCAACCUUGCGGCGCGCGACCUCAGUGCGGAGCACGGCCAUGGCUCUGCAGCUCGUUCGGACGCACCCGCACGCUUCGCCAGUGGGGUCUCCCGCAAUUCGCCCAUAGGCAUUGUUUCCAAAACCUUUGCCAAUGCGCCGACCACCACCCACUACACCCCUCGUCUCAUCCACACCUCCGCCGUUGUCAAAGACGCUUCGGAUGUGCCCGAUUUCUCUCCGUACCGCGCAGACAACACGUCGAACAACCGUGCAUUCUCGUAUUUCAUGGUCGGCUCGUUAGGCCUCCUCUCCGCUUCCGUUGCAAAGUCCACCGUCACGGAGUUCCUCAAGACCAUGUCGGCCUCUGCUGAUGUUCUUGCCUUGGCUAAAGUCGAGGUGGAGCUGGGCAACAUCCCUGAGGGGAAGAACGUCAUCAUCAAAUGGCGCGGCAAGCCCGUGUUCAUCCGACACAGGACUCAAGCAGAGGUUGAAGAGGCCCGCACAUCGGAAUGGAAGGCCUUCAGAGACCCGCAGAGUGACGAAGAGCGAACGAAGAAGCCCGAGUGGCUGGUCAUGCUGGGUGUCUGCACCCAUCUUGGUUGUGUACCCAUUGGCGAGGCAGGUGACUAUGGAGGAUGGUUCUGCCCUUGCCACGGUUCUCACUACGAUAUUUCGGGACGUAUCCGUAAGGGCCCCGCUCCUUUGAACUUGGAAGUUCCUGCCUACGAAUUCAACGAGUUGGAAGGAAAGCUUGUCAUUGGAUAG